AUGGGUGUGAACUGGAGCAAUCGGAUCGAGGCCGUGAGUCCUUCACGUACAGGAUUUAUUUCUAGAAGUGUCAGCAGGGAUGGCUGUGACACGAGCUCAAACAGCAGGAACCCAUCAUCCUCCAUGCCCAUAACCCCUCGGAGUGAGGGCGAGAUCUUACAGUCUUCCAAUUUGAAGAGCUUCAGCUACAGUGAACUUAAAACAGCCACAAGAAAUUUUCGCCCGGACAGUAUCUUAGGAGAGGGCGGGUUUGGUUUAGUUUUUAAGGGGCGGAUUGAUGAGCACUCCCUUGCUGCUACCAAGCCAGGGACUGGCAUAGUUAUUGCUGUGAAGAGACUGAACCAAGAUGGUUUACAGGGUCACAAGGAAUGGCUGGCUGAAAUCAACUACCUUGGUCAACUGCGUCAUCCUAAUCUUGUCGAACUGAUAGGAUACUGCUUGGAAGAUGAGCAUCGACUUCUAGCUUAUGAAUUUAUGUCUGGGAGCAGUGUGGAGAAUCAUCUUUUCAGAAGAGGAUCUCAUUUGCCGCCACUGUCCUGGUCUUUGCGAAUGAAAAUAGCUCUUGGGGCUGCCAAGGGUCUUGCAUUUCUCCAUGGCACAGAACCUAAAGUCAUAUACCGUGACUUCAAGACUUCUAAUAUUCUUCUUGAUAAAGAUUAUAAUGCCAAACUUUCUGACUUUGGGUUGGCCAGAGAUGGGCCAACAGGUGACAAGAGUCACGUCACAACUAGAGUCAUGGGUACUUAUGGAUAUGCAGCGCCAGAAUAUCUUGAAACAGGUCACCUUACUGCCAAGUGUGAUGUAUAUGGUUUUGGUGUAGUUCUCCUGGAAAUGUUAUCCGGAAGACGGGCCAUAGACAACAACCUGCCAUCCGGAGAGCGUGAACUUGUGAAGUGGGCAAGACCUCAUCUAUAUAAUAAACGACGGUGUUUUCGUGUCAUCGAUGCCCGUCUUGAAGGUCAGUACUCGCCGAGGGGAGCUAAAAGAGCAGUAACCCUUGCAGGUCAGUGUCUUCUUGCGCAACCUAAAUUCAGGCCAGACAUGGACGAGGUAGUAAGGGCAUUGGAGCAGCUUCAGGAUUCAGAGGACAUGGCAAAAAGUGCUAAUGAGGAAGAAAGUGCAUCAGAAGGAAACCAACUGGAGGCUCAUGUUGAUGGUACUAGAGCUGCACCUCCCCGUCUUGUUCUGGACACCACUGCCACAAAUGGUGCUUCCAUAAACCCAGAAUAUGAAGAAUGGUUCUCUGUUCAUCGGAUGCUUGCUUUAGGCCAGCUCAGACUGAAAAAUAAGCCUGUAACAAGCCACAAACCAGGUUCAGGCAAUAAGCUCCAAAAGACCUGUUUCCACCCCUACAUGUCACAAGUUAGAGCUCAGCUGGUACAUUGCAAGAAUGCAAGGGAUCUCUGGAUUGGUGCUAGAGAGCUAACCUAUCAGCUAAUCUUAGCAGGUGCCCCUGUUCCCACUGAAGAACUCAUUAUGUACACUCUGAAUGGUCUUGACUCGAAGUACAAUGCCACUGUUAUGAAGCGGAUUGAUCAACCCAAUCUCACUUGGGUUGGGGCACAAUCGGCCUUGUUGGCAUUUGAAAGUCGCUUGGAGCAAUUGAAUCAUUUCUCCUCCUUAACUACUCAUCCUUCGGCCAACUUUGCUCAAAAAGAUUCUGCUUCUGCUCAAAACACUCGUUUUUCUAAACCACCUCGUCGCCAAUAUGACUCUGACCGCAGGAAUGAUUGUUCCUUUCAAUCUCCGUCUGUCUCUUAUCCCAGACCAUCUGCUUCUCCCCUUUUUGUUUAA